AAUCCGCGCUUCUCAUUUGAUAGCAACAGCAAAUGUACAACUUUAUCUCCAACUUAUUUGACUUCAUUGUUUGGCUUUCAAUUAACUGUAUGAGAACCAUAAAGAAAGCCUGUGGCUUAGAAGUGAUUUAAGCGUUUGAUCGAGCAUUACACUCCAUGGCACUCGGAUUUUCUCCCAGACUAAGAACUCUUAACACCACGGGUGAGAAAACAAGAACAAGACAGUAAGGAGGAAAGGAAUGAUGAAAGACCGCCUUCAAGAAUUAAAACAGAAAACCAAGGAAAUCGAAAUCGAACUCUCUCGGGACACUCAGGUGUUUGGUGAAGCAGAGGAACAAGGCGUGAUUGUCCAGCAAGCUGUUAUUUAUGAGAGAGAACCUGUAGCUGAGAGACACCUACAUGAGAUCCAAAAACUGCAAGAGACUAUCAACAGCUUUGCUGAUGAGGUUCAAAAGUUUGGGCAGCAACAGAAAAGUCUGGUGGCUUCCAUGAGACGGUUUAGCCUACUUAAACGGGACUCUACCAUUGCAAAGGAGAUAAAAACCCAAGCAGAACACAUUCACAGAGCACUGGGUGAUUUAGUCAAGGAAGUAAAAAAGUCAGAGGUUGAAAAUGGUCCAUCAUCAGUGGUCACGAGGAUACUUAAGUCUCAGUAUGCCGCCAUGUUCCGCCACUUUCAGCAAACCAUGUUUCUAUACAAUGACACAAUAGCUUCCAAGCAAGAGAAGUGCAAGACAUUUAUUGUCCGUCAGCUGGAAGUGGCUGGAAAAGAAGUGUCUGAAGAAGACGUGAACGACAUGCUUCAUCAGGGAAGAUGGGAAGUGUUUAAUGAAAGCUUACUCACAGAAACCAGCAUCACUAAAGCCCAGCUCUCGGAGAUUGAACAGAGACACAAGGAACUUGUGAAUCUGGAGAACCAAGUGAAGGACCUCAGGGACCUGUUCAUGCAGAUCUCUCUUCUGGUAGAGGAGCAAGGAGAGAGCAUCAACAGCAUUGAGGUCAUGGUGACCAGCACAAAAGAGUAUGUUACCAAUACCAAAGAGAAGUUCGGACUUGCUGUAAAAUACAAACGAAGACACCCCUGCAGGGCCCUGUGCUGCUGUUGCUGCUGCCCAUGCUGUGGCUCCAAAUAGAGAUGCUAUUUUAGAAACGCCUCAGGGCUUAGGGGGAAGGUUUCCACAUU